AUGGCGGCAGCAAACGAGAACACUCCGGCACAGGUGCCGCCCUCUGUCGUGGACAGUGGGAAGAACCAGGUGGCCCACGUCGAAGAGUGCCCAAACGAAGACGAGCAGUUUCAGAAAAUGCCCAAGAUCGAGAAGGUGGAUGAGUUUGGCGCUCAUACCAAGACAGACCCCAAGGAAAUCGCCCUUGUGCGAAAGCUUGACUGGUACAUUCUUCCUAUCCUCUGGUUGAUGUAUUUCUUCAACUUCCUCGAUCGGAACGCCAUGGUCAAUGGCAAGCUAAACGGCCUGGACAAGCACCUCGGCAUGAAGGGAACUCAAUACAACACCUGCGUGUCAAUCCUCUUUGUCGGCUAUCUUUGUGGCCAGGUCCCCUCGAAUAUGAUUCUCAAUCGCGUGAGACCGAGCUUCUAUAUGGCUGGAUUUAGUCUUGCCUGGUCCAUUGUUUCUCUCUUGACCUACAAGGCAAGCACAUACGAGCAUAUGCUGGUGUGUCGCUUCCUCCUGGGUAUCGUCGAGGCUCCGUUCUAUCCUGGUGCCCUGUACAUGAUUUCUAUGUUUUAUACGAGGAAGGAGAUGGCAACUAGAAUGUCCAUUUUCUACACCGGAAACAUGUGCGCUAGUGCCUUCUCUGGUCUGAUUGCUGCUCCAAUCUUUUCUGAGCUGGACAAUAAACAUGGGCUCUCAGGUUGGCAAUGGCUGUUCAUCAUACAAGGAGCGUUCUCAAUUGCAGUUUCGAUCAUCGCCUUCUUCACCCUCCCGGAUAGUCCUCUGAAGACCCGUUGGCUCAGCCCUGAGCAGAGACAGCUUGCCCACAACCGUAUCGCUUUGGAUACUACCAACCGACGAGAAGGAACCAGCGUCUGGACUGGUCUGAAAGAAGCAGUCGUUGACUGGCGUGUUUGGUUGUUCUGCUUUAUUGACACUUGUCACCUCAGCGCCAACGGCUUUAAAAACUUCCUUCCCACAGUGAUGAAGUCGCUCGGGUACAAUACCACGAUCACUCUCGUCCUCACCUGCCCACCCUACAUUUUUGCUGGGUUCUGUUCAGUUGCCGUCGCAUGGUCUUCUGGGAGAAAUAAUGAGAGAACUUGGCAUACUACCGUCAGCAAGUUGAUUGCGAUUGUUGGCUUCGUGCUAUCUUGCGCCACGUUAAACGUCCCCGCUCGUUUUAUCGGUAUCAUGCUUUUCGUUGGUGCCACAUACGGGGUGAACAAUAUCAUCCUCGCAUGGGUCGGAUCCUGCUGUGGACAGACUGAUGAGAAAAAGGCUGUUGCCAUUGCCCUGGCUAAUACCCUGGGUAACGCAGCCUCUAUCUAUACCCCAUACUUGUGGCCAGAUAGCGAAUCUCCGCGAUUCCUAAUGCCCAUGAUGGCUAGUGCUGGCUUCUCUGGGGCAGUAAUUAUUGGUGCUUGGGUUUUGCGAAUAACAUUCCAGCGAAAGAACAAGAAGAUGAGAGAGGAGAACCCCGGAGAGACCAACUUUUACGUAUACUAG